AUGGAAAGUCUACCGACGCCCCCCAAUGAGGAGAACCUCAAGUUACACGGUUCCAAGAGACAACAUACUAGCUCCAAAUCAGUAAAAACAGUACAUCGCGGCUCCAAGAGGGCUGCCACCACACAUGCCCACCACCCCCCAUCACCGUCUCAGGACGGCCACUCCCACUCAGGUGGUGACGGGAGGCACAAAAGAGUAUGGAAGGCCUGCGAGAGGUGUAGAAUGAAAAAGACAAAGUGCGACGGCGAGUUCCCAUGUAAGAGGUGUAAGGACGACGGACUGGUCUGCACCGCCGGCACUCGCAAGAAGACCGAGUACAAGCAGUUGCCCCGAGGGUAUGCCGAAGUGCUCGAGAACACACAGUUCGCUCUCAUCGCCACGGUGCACAAGCUCUACGCCAUGGUGCGGAAUCGGCAGGCAUGGGAUCUUGGGGAACCUGAACUGAACGACCGGGGUCAGCCCGUGAUCCACAACAUUGCUUCCAGGCUCGGCUGCAUACGGCCGAACAGCGACAUGGACCUUCCGGUCCACUCUGUCUUUCCCGAAGACGAGGCGGGACUAGCCGAGCUGGCCAGGCAGCUCGAGGAGCAGCAGAGGGAGACGGGCGAGCUGGGUGGUGGAAGCAACAGACAGGACGCCGAUUACUGCAACCGAACCGACCGCGCAAGCUCGUCGGAGCUCGACCACUCAGACGUUGAGCAAGACUACCGCAGGUCUGCCUUCCGCGGAAGCACGACGGCCGUCACCAUGUCGCCCCAAAGUAUCAGCUAUACCGACUUCGAUCUGAACUCGACGGCGCCACCAUCCGAGUCGUUCGCUAGCCAGUCGCCCAGCCACCUAUCCACAGCAUAUGCAUCGUGGAUAAGUAGACCGACGUCGAUGGGAUUCGAGAGCAGUCCGUCACAACCGUUCGUCCCGACGGGAUCGUACCUCGACAUGGACAUGCUCAACCAAGGCCUCCUCGAGUCUAAUUUCGGCACCAUCAAGCCCCACGUAUUAUCGUGUCCGAAUCCCGAGGUCAUGAUGGGCAUGGGAGACCCGAUGAUGUACUCGGGGUACGACGCAGAUGCGCUCAGGCUAUGA